GUGGGUGUUGUGUUUGGAGAUUAUUUUUUUGAGCUGCAGCACUACACUCUCGGAUAUGAGAAAAUUAAGCAUCUUCACAAUGAGACUAGCAAGUCUGCUGGUCCUCCACGCAGCGGGAGCAGGCCUCGCAUCACCCACAGUCCUGGUCAGCAGACCUGUCUCCAAGGUUCCAGUGGAAUGGCUGCCGAUAGACAACCAAACUGUCUAUAGACUGGGUGAAGGGGAAAGUAGGAGCUUGGAGCUGAACACCUCAUCCAUAUCCCAGAGUAUAGUCUUCAUCACCAUCAGUCCAUGUUCCAGGGAUUUCCACUGGGCACUAUACCACGGGAAGGCUGGAUAUAAUAAUGGCCAAUUGAUACUACAGAAAGAAAGCGCGAGUGGAGAAAUGAGCACAUUUUCUUUAAACACAUCACAGCACGACAAAUAUGUUAUGGUUUUAUCAACAACGAGAGGUGGUGCAGCUGUGGUCAGCGUUCGCGGUGAGGCCACAAGACAUGUGCGCAUGCGUCUUCGAGUGCGUUCGCGCAGACGGUUGGCUGCUAAUUGGGAACCUAGCCCAAUCGACCCUCAAGAAACCACAUACUGCGUAGUAGCAUCACACAGAAAGAACUACACGUCACUCUGUGCAGCCCACCAUGACAUCAAAAUGAGUCGCUUGGAGAACAAAUCAAACAGAUUGAAUCAAGAAAUGGAUCGUAAUAAACAAAACGAACGAAUAGAUAAUGAAACUCGUUUUGAUUUAAUGUCUGAAGUUGAUAAUAAGAUUAAUGUAGAUUCAGACCUUUUCAAUGUCUAUGAAGGGAAUUUUAAUAAUGUUUUUAGGAGGAAGAAGUUUGGUCGCAGCACCAAAGUGACAGAUGAGGAUCCAGUUAUCGCUUGUGUUGGUGGAAGGACGCAUCAUUUGAUAGAAAACUUGGACCCUAGUACGACUUACUUCGUCAGCGUAUUUGGUGUAGCCAAGGACCGUCGCUCUGGGUCUCUGUUGGCUACGGGCAGUGUUCGUCCGCGCACGUCCACUGCAAAGCGACUUCGAGAAAACAUACCAACCAAAGCUGAUAUUAGAGGAAGAAGUGUAUUUUAUUUUAAGGCAACAGUUGGUGCUGGAGGUGGUCUCUGGUUGACUCUAUCUACCUGUGGAGGAGCAGUCGAUGUCGAAGUUCUGGUCAGGGGCAAAAGACUACACAUGGUUAGAAAUAUUGACCCACACUCCAAGUUCUUCGUGCCAGCACCAAUUACUACAUCUUCAAUCCAAGAGACGAGUGAUGAAGGAUCUGUGCAGUUUGACUCCAGUUCCGAGGAGGCUAGAAUGAGAUACGUUAUCAAAGUGGUGCCCAGUAAAUGGGAUAGAGAUGGCGCUGUGGGUAUUGAAUUGACAGCGUCAACAACGCGAUGGGGCAUGAACACUCCAGAAUUGACUGAAGAUGGAGCCGUCGUCAGGGAACUACGGCCUAUCAGGUCUUGUAGAUCUGUUGAUGUAGCAUUCUUACCAGCCACCCAUAAUGCAACGGAUGUCAUCAGAUACUGCAUCAUUGCUCGAGAGACGAUAAGCGGAGAGGUCUAUGGAUGCUGGUCAACUAGGAAAGCAGUCAAGGGGCAAUGCAUAAACCAUACACAGAAGACAUCCAGAGUGAUAAAACAGAAAAUUGGUGGGCUAAAGGCUGGAAGGAAAUACGCAAUUCAAGUCAUUGCUUCAAAUAAAGGAUAUUCAGUACCUUACAAUACGUUAUACGUGGAUACUAAGGUUUCAUGCAAAGAGGAUUGAAUAUAGAGUUAUUUAUGUUUUAUUUGGCAAGAAGGAAUGUAUGACAGGCAUUAAUAGUCCCUUUAAAUAGGUACAUAGCAUAUCAAAAUGAUUAAGUAAAUCAGAUAUCACUUAUUUAUGAAAUAGUUAACGUUAACGUUUGCGGUUUUCGAUUUCGCGCUCAUUAGAUGGCGCUAGUUAGUCAAAGGGGCUUUUGGUCCGAUAAGCUAAGCAGUCAAAAGUUAACUAACCAAUGUAAUUAUAUUAGCCAAUUACGAUUACUUACUUGAUUGAUUUUGAGAAGACAAAAAUAUUGUCAUUUAUUUAUGUUUUAGUUUUCAUAUUCAUCAGUUUAAAAUUCAGUUCUACCUAAGAAUACUAAUAUAAUAUGUGAAUACAUUCUUCUUGCGGAAUAAAAACUAUUUUUGGUAACAGUAUUAGUAGAGUAAGCAUGGUUUGAUUGAUUUCCUUUCUAAUAGUUUAAAAUAUUUUUUUCUAUUUAUAUCCAUUUGUGGCCCAAUCCUUGCCCAAUGUAAAUAAAUCAAUUUGUGCCUGAAGAACCUAUCUGUAUUGUUUUAAAGUAAUGUGGCAUUUAUUUGUGUUUUAAUUUUAAAGAACUAUUAUGUAGUCGUGUAAUUAUACAAUCAUAGUUCGAUUUGUUAUGCUCGCUUGAUGUCAAUUAUGUAUCUAAAAAUAUUGUAAAAAGGAUAUGAUCUGUCUUUUUAAGAAAGGUUUUUUUGAGUUUUGUUUUUCUCUCUG